AAAUAGGUGUCUAUCUAUCAACUUACGUCUUUUAGGCGAGGUUGGCCCGAUCCAAGCCGCCCACCGGCCAGCCAUAGCACCUCGAUUCCCUGGCCGGCGCGCGUAAACUCCAUCACUCUUCUGCCGCGGCGACGUCUAGAAGUGAAGUAGAACAUCCUGAGCUUGGAAGUGAAAGAGUGGUAAGAUGCAGAAAUUAGGGGACUUUAAGCUGCCCUACUUCUUCAAUUAUCCACCCUACUUCACUUUGCAGCCGGUAAGGGAAACACGUGAGAAGCAAGUGCAACUAUGGAAGGAACUAAUACUUGAUUACUGUAGAAAUCAAAAAAUAUUUGUUAUUGGACUCGAAGAAGAUUUCCCCCUAUUUUCUAAUCCAGUCAUUGAAAGAUCUCUCAGCCAUGAGGCAAGAAAGGUAUUUCUAAAUGCUCUGGUUGCUGAAGGUCAUGCAGAAUGGAUGGACAAAAGUCACAAGAAAUGUCUUAUUCUGUGGCGAAGAAUUCAAGAUUGGGCAGCUUAUAUUUUGAACUUUGUAAAAGAAAAUGGAUUUGAAGACAGCGUCAUGACUGUUGAGGAUAUACGAUCAGGAAUUGAAACUCGUGGGACUGAUCUUGCUGGGAUUGAUCGUGGUGUGCUGAUGCGUGCCCUGAGGUUACUGGAACAGAAGGGUAAAGCAGCAAUCUUCAAGGGGACUUCAGCAGACGAUGAAGGAGUGAAAUUCUCUGCUUAAAUUUUAUAUUUCCUGUUUCCUUACAGCUGGCUAAUUUUUGCCAUUUGCCAACCAAUUUUCUAAUCCUCAAAUAUCUUCAUAUUUUAUGCCUUGUAUUUGAGACUGAUGAACAAAAUGUGUGCUAGUCCAAAUCUCCUUUACUGAAAUAUCAUAAAAAAGCCAGAAUGUAGUCUAUGAGUAAAUGGUGCUUGGUGGUGGUUGGCACCAAGAAGUUUCAA